AUGGCGACCAUAAAGUUCGGAGCACUAGGCUUCGAUAAGUUUUAUAAUGUGAUCAACGGUGAGCUGAAAGAAACAGCCGCAACGCGCCAUAGUAUCAAUCCAGCAACCAGCGAUCCAAACCCAGAAGUCCCUCUCUCAACUCCCAUCGACGUUGAGGAAGCCAUCGCAGCGGCAAGAGCAGCAUUUCCGGGCUGGGCAAAAACACAGUGGGUAGCCAGACGCGAUGCCAUUUUGCAAUUUGCAGGUGCUUUGGAAAAAAAUACCGAUGAUUUUGCGACAUUGUUGACUAGAGAACAGGGAAAGCCGCCUCAAAUUGCGCUUGGCGAGAUAGCGAACGGCAUUCGCUGGCUACGUGGGAUCGCUAAUUUGGACUUACCCAGUGAAGUGGUGAACAAAGACGCAACCACCCAGAUUGUCAUAAAAUACGUACCUCUCGGAGUAUCCGUAGCCAUCGUACCUUGGAACUAUCCAGUCAUGCUAGCAUGUGGCAAAAUUGCAGCUUCGCUACUCACCGGCAACUCGAUCAUUCUCAAAGUGUCACCUUUUACCCCUUAUUGCGGUUUGAAGAUGGCCGAACUAGCCCAGAGCUUCUUUCCGGCAGGAGUUUUUCAAGCACUAAGUGGUGAUGAUAGACUUGGACCUUGGCUCACUUCGCAUCCAGGAAUCGAUAAGAUUAGCUUCACUGGUUCGACUGCUACGGGUAAGAAGGUUAUGGAGAGCGCUAGCAAAAAUUUGACGAGGGUUACUCUGGAACUAGGUGGAAAUGACGCAGCCAUCGUCUGUUCAGACGCGGAUAUCGAUUCCGCGGUUCCCAAAAUAGCAACACUCAGCUUUUUGAAUUCGGGCCAAAUUUGCGUAGCAAUUAAACGUGUGUACGUACAUGAAAGUAUCUACAACGAAUUUCGCGAUAAAAUAGUUGCCUACACACGGUCAAUCCAAGUGGGAGUUGAGAAGGACGCCUUCAUGGGGCCGUUGCAGAACAAAGUUCAAUAUGACCGUGUACAAGAACAUUUGGACGAUAUAAAGCGACAGAACUAUCAUGUUCCGACUGGUAAUCACGAUUUCCAAACAGUUGGCUACUUUAUUAAUCCCACGAUUGUUGACAACCCCGCUGACGAUUCGCGGAUUGUGCAAGAGGAGCCUUUCGGUCCAAUACUACCUCUACUAUCAUGGUCGAACGAAGAAGAAGUCAUUCGUCGGGCAAACAGCAGCUGCAUGGGAUUAGGAGCGUCUGUAUGGUCUACUGAUCCCGGGGUUGCAGCAAGAAUUGCAGAACAUCUCGAAGCAGGAAGCGUUUGGAUCAACUCGCAUCUUGAUAUUGAACCCAAUAUUCCCUUUGCUGGGCACAAAUCUAGUGGGAUUGGCUGCGAAUGGGGGGUUGAAGGGCUGAAAGGGUUUUGUAAUAUUAAGGCCAUUUAUUUCAAACAGGACAUGCCAUAG